AUGCUGAGUUCUUCUAUGGUUGCAGCAAUCCUUACUAAAACCGCCUCUGCCGCCUCUUCCCCCUCGUAUUCCGAUCGCCUCCCACCACACGUCUCUGGCGCCGUCGUGGUCGCGAGGUACGGGGAGAUUUACAGAGGAGACAUUGUGAGGAACGCGUACAAGGCGGGAGCUGUAGGCGUUGUGAUAUAUACAGACAAGAUAGAUUACGGCGGAAGAGAUGAGUGUUUUCCGGAAAGUAAGUGGAUGCCACCGAGCGGGGUUCAGGUGGGUAGCAAUGGGUUGGGUGAUCCGACGACUCCUGGGUGGGCUAGUGUUGAUGGGUGUGAGAGGUUGUCGGAGGAGAGUGUGGAGUUGAGGGGAGAUUCUCCGGGUAUACCUUCGCUGCCUAUCUCUGCUGCUGAUGCGGAAGUGAUCUUGAGGAGCGUUGUUGGAGGUGUUGGGCCUGGGAUCUUGAACUUGAGCUGCGUUGUGACUGAGAUUGAGAAUGUUAUUGGAGUGAUUGAAGGGGAACAAGAGCCUGAUAGGUCACGGAUCUGUGAGAUAACAAACUAAAUCCCACAUUGGAGAAUUAGA